CAGCUAUUUAUGAAAAUUCGUAUUCCUACAUUUGCCUGUGAGAGUACGAAAGUUUAAAAAAUAACAAAUCGUAAGGAAGGAUUUUAUGAUCAGUGGUUGAUGGACGUGAUAGAGCCAACAUAAAGCCAAACAUCCCCCUUGCAUAAAGCCAGCCAACAUAGCAUAAGACCAAAAGUCAAAACAAACAAGAUGGUGCCUUUCCAUUUCAGGCUGCUCCAGUGUGCCUCCCGCCUGUCCUUGUGAAUGCAUUCGUUGCCUGUCAAGUUGCUAAAGUCGACUUUUCUCCGAACACGGGGUUCGGAAAUGCACUCGUGCGUGCAAGCCUAAAAAUCACUUCGACGACGUAGGACAUCGCUUCAAGAAUGGUUAUGUGCUGUGUGCCCCGAUGCCAGUCGGAGCAGGGCAAAACGAGCGUGUCAUUUCACCAGUUCCCCGUUGACAACAAGCUGAAACUAAAAUGGAUCGCAGCCAUCACGCACGGCGACCCCCCGACGUUCCGGGCUUUUCAUUGCACCAAGGUUUGUGGUCUUCACUUCCGCAAGGACGACAUUUUUACGCACGGUUCAUCGAAGAGACGCGUUCGCGCGGGCGCGGUGCCAACUUUGUUCCUGCCGAAAAACGGCGCGUCCGGGCCCGACCACAGUACAUCCUCGUCCCAGCAGCCUUUCCCGGUCAAGUUGACCGCUUCUGCAACCAGGUCCGAUGAGUGUGCACCCUUGUUACACCAGGCCGUCGUUUCCGUCGGUCCCGCCGCUGACUCCGCAGAAACCAUCACUCCCUCCAUGGAACACGGAUGUUCUUUGACUGUCCUUCCUAAAACGAUCAAACGGGAGAUCACCGAACCCGUCAAUUCCGCGACGGAAGUGUCCUCGAGCGAAUCCGCCGAGUCCAUCCUCCCGUUGAUGGAGCCCAACACCCUGAAGGUGGAAGUUCCGUCCAUAGCCCUUCCUGUCGCCACCAGUAAAGCAUUUCAUUCAUCCAGUGAGUCCGUGUCGGGGAACGAUGAGUCAGCCGCUGUGCCGACUGUGCCUCGCGAGUCCUGUACAGUUGUGCAGCGCGCUACUGGAAUCAAGCGGGGUGUCCAGUUUCAGUUGCCGUCGUCUAUUAAGAAGGCCUGCCUCUUGUAUGAGACAAAGCCGGGUCAAUGCAGGUCGCUCGGCGUGACCACGGGGGGUAGGAAAGUGUACUACCCGCGGCAAGUGAGCACAAAGAGCUCCGGCGUUCAGGUCGACUCCCUCCACGACGAGCUCAGGGAGUGUCGCAACCUGUUGGCUCGGGCGGAACGCGAGAAAGACGACCUCCGAAAGCAGGUGCUGCGAGCUGAGACUAAACUGGUCACUCUGGACAGGGACCCAACGUACCAGGCCUUUCGGGCAGUUACGAAUGCCGCGUCGUCCUGGGAUCCGAGGUACCAGGCCUUCGGGGCGGUCACGAAUGCCGCUUCGGCGCAGUUCAUCCUCGACCAGCUGCUGAGCUUCAACAAGGAGAGGCCCACCUGGCACGAGAGCACCGUCAGUCUCUGCGCCACGUGGCGGCACGUCGACCGCAAAGGCUACGAGCACGCCCGUGCCUGCGGCCUCCUCAGCCUUCCGAGUAGCGCCACCCUCGCUAGGUACAACCUGCCGCCGUGACCUUCGUCUCUACCUUGAGGAGUGGUCGUCAUCCUUAUGAGACUUGGCUCGGCUGGCUUGGUCGUGAAGACUGUCCCAAACCUGCUUGGAGAACUUGAGUUCUGGCACUGCCGUGCAGUUGUUACGUCACCUUCUGUUGCUGUAUUAAUUGCCCAAUAAACCGGUGCGCCGAGAAACUGAGACAGAGGAGGAGACGAGAGUGCGCGCGGACGUCAGAACGCCGAGCUCUGGUUAGAAUGAUUGGGGGGUAGACUUUAAACUAGCUUCCAUUGCCUCCACCGUAUUCGCCGAAUGCAUUCGAAUGUGAGAGCCAAAUGCCGGACGCUGGCUUUCUGUCCACUAACGCGUUUGAUGAGUGCAGUGGAGACAAAGGCUGCCUUUAUCUCCACUGCAUUCGUUGAAGUCAUUAGGAGAAUACUAAAGCAAAACGCCAGAUGCCGGCGUCCCGCAUUCGGACGCAUUCGACGAGUACGGUGGAAUCAAAGGCCGCUAGCUUUAGGCCUACCCUCUAAUCGUCCUAACCAUAGCUCAGCAAUCUGAUGUCCUAGCGCACUCUCGUCUCUUUCUCUCCCUUAGUUUCUUGGCACACACAAGUUAA